AGUGUAGAUGUGUCAACAUCUCGAUUAAUCCGAUGGUGGUCAAAAGUCACAGUCGAACCAACAUUGUUCCUGUACAAUUUGGCCUGUAUGACAACAUCUGUGGUCGAACAGGCAUUUUUCGUCCACAAAUCCUGCACAGUAAAUCACAAUUAUAACGAAACUAUAUGCAGUCAUUUGCCAGAGUACAAGAAAAUCAACACCGAAGUCCAGUUGACUGUAUCAGAUUUUCACCAAUGGAACAACAUAGCUGGACAUGUUGCUCCAAUAAUCCUGUCAUUAUUUUUGGGUGCCUGGAGCGAUAAAAGAGGCAGAAAAAUACCUUUGAUCUUGGGACUUCUUGGAAAGUUGUACUACUCUGUAAUGAUUAUUAUUAAUGCCACUCAAGAUUCUUGGCCCCUGGAGUACGUGAUUUACACAGCAACUUUGCCAUCAGCUCUAACAGGAGGUGAUGUGGCGAUUUUUGGAGCAGCCUUCAGUUACAUGUCUGACGUCACGACGUCCAGAGAUCGAACUUUGAGGAUUUCGAUAUUGGAUGUUUGCUUUCUCAGCACUAUGCCGACUGGUGUGGCUUUAGGUUCAUAUUUAUUCAAUGAUGUAACCAACAGAUCGUACUCGAUAAUGUUUGCAAUAAAUGCAUCAAUGUUAAUGUUAACUUUGGUGUAUUCUUUUUUGAAACUAAAUUGGAGAACUACUUCAUCACAAAGGCCACUUAGGGAAGCCAAAAAUAUCAUCACCGACUUCUUUAACAAGGAGCAUGUAAAAGCUUCUGUAAGUACCUUGACCAAAAAGCGACCUCAACAUAGAAGGCUUUAUUUAUGGCUGUUUAUGGUCAUAAUGGCCUUAUAUACGUCACAAAGAGAUGAAAAACCAAUGACUUAUCUUUAUGUUAGCAAGAUGUUCAAUUGGGACGUUGCGACUUACAGUAAUUUCAAAACUGUUCAAUCGGCUUUGUAUGUUAUUUCGAUGUUUGUUGGAAUUCCUUUGAUGAGCAAAGUUCUCGGUUGGAAAGAUACUAUUAUUAUUAUGAUUGGAGCUACUGGACAUGCAGUAGCAAGAAUCACUUUUGCCAUGGCAGAAAUUGAUAAUUUGUUUUACUUAGGUGCUGUUUUUGCAGCAAUUGGUCCAGUAGUCGCCCCAGUACUAAGAUCGAUGACGUCAAAAGUUGUACCAAUUUCAGAAAGGGGAAAAGUCUUUUCCUGGUUAUCUGUAUUCGACAAUGCAGUACCAUUAUUUUCCGGAGUACUUUACACUCAAGUGUACAAUGCUUCGAUAAACACUCACCCUGCUGCAAUUUUUUGGCUUUCGAUGAGCACACAAGUAGUAGUUUUUGUUCUAAUAUUGUGCGUGCAUAUAAUUCUCGGAAAUCGCUCUCUUCAAGUUGAAGAAGUAACAGCCCAAAAGGCUGAUGAGACUUCGAACGCAAAGACUGAUCAAUAGGAUAGAAUAAAAAUUUUAUUUACUUUUAGGUAAUUAAUAUUUUCA